AUGCAACUUAUACUGAAGCCGGGCGAUAGUAGCAUCCAGAGUGGCCGCGAAAACCCGCCUCCUGUAUCGGCCACGAACCCCUGUCCGAAGCCACCAGCAGAAGCAGCAGACUGCUUAGAAGUUUCACAGCUUCUGUUUCCCGUCACUGUGAAGGCCAAGAUGGAAUCAACUGAUCGGAUCCUUACGUUAAAAGGUGAAAGUAGUGCUGAACUAACAGUCACCUUCAAGCCCGAGGGCAGCACAGGCGGCUCAGGCAGUUCAGGCAGUUCAGGCAACUCAGACAGUUCAGGCAGCUCAACCACAUUUGCAGCGGCAUGGCUUUCACACUCCGCAGCCCUUAUUCUGUCCAACUUGGCCAUGGUGUACCUCUUACCUUAG